UACUGAUAUAGGGCCCGCUACAUGGAGUGCUAGUGAUAAUAUAAUAUGUUUCUUCCGAAGAAAACGUUAACAGUAUUCAUGACUGUUCUCCUUGACCAUUUUGCCCUGACUAAUCGGGCUCACCUACAGCCCCAUUCAAACAAGCAACUGCACCUACCAAAAUCUCUCUCUCUAUCUAUCUCCCUGAGUUUACAAGCUCUAGUUAGUACAAUCUCCAAGUACGUAUACGAGAGAUGCACCGUCUCGUCGUCCUGCUCCUUGCUGUCUUGCUCCCCCAUGAAACCAUCUCCGCCGCCGAAACUCCCGGCGACCGGUGCAGCCGCCAGUGCGGCAGCACCACCGUCCCCUACCCUUUCGGCUUCUCCCCCGGCUGCCCGAUCCUACUGUCCUGCGACGCCAGCGUGUCCACGCCGAUCCUCCCAUACAUAGGGGAGAGCGGCACCGCGUACCGCGUGAUAUCCUUCAACUCCACCACCUCCACCAUCGUCGUCGGCCUCCCGCCGUCGUGCAGCCGCAGCGUCCCCGAGGCCAGGAGGGCGCUCUCCGGGCGCAACUACGCCGUGUCGUCCCGCACCGGCCUGUUCCUCCGCGGCGGCUGCGCUGGGAUCAACGCGUCGGCGGGCGUCGGAUCAUGCAGCGUGCCCGCGGACGUCAUGUCCAGGCUGCUCCGCACGGCGCGGUGCGUCGGCGUCGGCAACGGCAACGACACCGCCGUGGCGUGCGUCGCCUUCUCCGUGGCAAACUCCACGGCGCACGAGCGCGACGACCAGUUCCUGCGGUGGGAGAAGGUCGAGAAGCAGAGGUGCGACGACGUGCUGACGUCCACGGUGUUCGUGGUCACCGCGGAGGGGACGGCCACGCUGGAGUUCGCCGUGGCCGAGCUCGGGUGGUGGCUCAACGGGACGUGCGGCGCCGACGGCACGGGCGAGCGCUGCGCGGCGAACGCGACGUGCACCGACGUGGACACGCCCGGCGGGGAGACGGGGCACCGGUGCGCGUGUGCGGCGGGGAUGGAGGGCGACGGCUUCUCGGGCGGCGACGGAUGCUACCGCGCUAAGCGGGUUCCCAAGAAGAAGGUGGCUUUCAUCGUUGUAGGUGUGGUGGUGGGCGUGGCGGCGGCGGCCGGCGUGCUCCUGCUGCUGUGCUGGGCACAGCGCCGGCGGUCCGGCGGCAAGGGGAGGCACGGGUCGAGCAGGCUCGCGGCGAUGCGGCUGCUGUCGGAGGCGGCGACGUCGAGCGGCGUGCCGGUGUACUCGUACAACGAGGUGGCGCGCGCGACCAACUCCUUCUCCCACACGCACCGGCUCGGCACGGGCGCCUACGGCACGGUCUACGUCGGCAGGCUCCCGGCGAACUCGACGGCGCUCGUGGCCAUCAAGCGCCUCCGGUGCCGCCACGACGACGACGGCGACGACGGCGGCAGGGCGGUGGCGCUGCUGCUCAACGAGAUCAGGCUCAUCUCCUCGCUCAGCCACCCCAACCUGGUCCGCCUCCUCGGCUGCUGCCUCGACCGCGGCGAGCACAUCCUCGUCUACGAGCUCGUCCCCAACGGCACCCUCUCCCACCACCUCCACGGCGGCGGCGACGGCGAUGGCGACGGCAACCCCACGCUGCCGUGGCGCGCGCGGCUCGGUGUCGCGGCGGGCACGGCGGCCGCCAUCGCGUACCUGCACGCCGCGCGCCCGCCCAUCUUCCACCGCGACGUCAAGUCGGGCAACAUCCUCCUCGGCGCCGACCUCCGUGCCAAGCUCGCCGACUUCGGCCUCUCCCGCGCCGCCCGGGGCGCCGAGGACGCCUCGCGCUCGCACGUUUCCACCGCGCCGCAGGGCACGCCGGGGUACGUCGACCCGGAGUACCACCACAGCUUCCACCUCUCCGACAAGAGCGACGUGUACAGCUUCGGCGUCGUGCUGCUCGAGCUCAUCACCGCCAUGAAGGUCGUCGACUUCGGCCGGCCGGCCAACGAGGUCAACCUGGCGUGCCUCGCGCUCGACCGGAUCGGCAAGGGGAGGGUCCACGAGAUCGUCGACCCGGCGCUCCUCCGCCACGGCGAGGACUGGGUCAUGGAGUCGGUCCGGCACGUCAGCGAGCUCGCAUUCCGGUGCCUGGCGUUCGACAAGGACGUCCGGCCGUCCAUGAGCGAGGUGGCCGCCGAGCUGUGCCGGAUCAGGGACGCCGCCCCAGACUCCGGCAUCGCCGACGCGGGCCUCGAUGGACCGGACGCCGCGGCAAGGAAAGCCCGGUCGCCGGUAUCGGUGCAGGACGUCUGGGUCAGCGACCGGAGCUCGCCGUCGACCAACGGCUCCAUGCCACGCUUUGCGUAGCCAAGUUACAUCCCACGUGCACACAAAGUAGAUGAAAAAUGUAACUUAAACAAUUUUUUGGGGGUGAAGUUUUCCAUGAUGAUGAUCGUUGUAGUACUAGUACCUGUACAGCUGCACAUGUAUCACUACUACGAGCACAAGAACAACUCACAUGUUUGAAUGGGAAACAGCACCAUAGAAAUCAGCAACUUAGGUUUGGCCAAUGCGACAAGAUCGCCACAAGAGCACAAACUUUGGUUUGAUCAUUGCAACAAGGUCAGCACAAGGAGCACAGAGUUGUUCCCAUCCGGAUCAGAUUCGCCACAGCAUUGGAAACACCUAACAGUUUUACAAAGUGAAUGAUAUUCGCCGCAGCAUUGGGAAUACCCAACAGUUUUACAAGCUACAGAAUCGCACAACUUAUCCGGACUUCGUUUCCUCCACCAACCGCACUGGGCCACAUAGAGCUUAUCCGCACUUGGUUGUUCCUAUAAAUGCUGAAUCCAUGGAGAGCCAAGGAGGCACACACACCCAGCUAGUCCAGUCCAGAGCAGCAUACCACAGUUCCCAACAGGGGGCUAGGUGAUCAUCCGAAGAAGAAGAACACAGGAUGUGCUACAAGGUGGAGUGCGAAAAAUGCGGCAAGAUCACCUGGAAGGGGUGCGGCAAGCAUGUCGCCUCCGUCUAUGAAGACAUCGAGAAAGGAAAGCACUGCACCUGCAAGGCGUGGCCGGGUGUCGACACCGAAGGGUCGACUUCCAACACCAAAGAAGGUGAAUCAAAGGCUUGAGUUCUUGCACACGGAUCACUAGUUUUGCAACCACUGGACUGAAGGAGGCUGCACUUUUGAAUAAAAACUUGCCUCUGCUAUCUGCUCUGUAUUUGUUUUUGACUUCUUCGCAGAAGUCAGUUUCGAUGAUCUAAUAAAAAAAAAAUCUUCAGUUGA